AUGUCAACACAACGUUCUCAUGUUCCAAAGUUUGGCAAUUGGGAAGCUGAAAAUGAUGUUCCUUAUACAGUGUAUUUUGACAAAGCCCGGAAAACUCGACCUGGCACCAAAAUGAUCAAUCCGAAUGAUCCUGAGGAAAAUUCAGAUUUAGAUCUUCAAAAUUCAUCUUCUGCUGAUGUAAUUCCUCCAAAACCAAGAGUUCACUCAGAGAAUAUAUCUGAAAAAGGAUCAGCGAGAUCAGCACAUAAUGAGUUACAAAAGAACAAGGAGGAUGGUGAUGUUAAGCAAUCUGUUAACUCACCGGCUCGCCAAGAAAAUUCAAACAACAAGAGUACCAGCGAUUCCAUCCAUCGUCCUGGAGUUGGUUCUGCUGAUAACCGCAGAAGACCUUCAAGACAAAGUACUGCUGGCUCGGAGUAUAGUGUCGAACGUUCACCUCUUCAUCGUCAGGCUAAAACGCCUGGCAGAGAUAGUCCUUCUUGGGAAGGAAAGAACUCAUAUGAGAGCAGUCAUGGUACACCAGGAAGAUCUCGAUUGAGAUCAGUCAAUCGAGGGGAUGAAACUCCUGAUAAAAGUGCUGCUGUUCCAAAGUUUGGUGAGUGGGAUGAGAAUGACCCUGCAUCAGCUGAUGGCUAUACUCACAUUUUCGACAAAGUGCGGAAGGAGAAACAAGACACGGCUGGAAAUGCACCAGGCACACCCAACGGGAGAUCGUAUGUUAUCCGAAACCAACCUGCAAAUGACAAAGCUCAGGGUUGCUGCUUUUUCUGGGGCAGAAAAUGA